AUUGUGAAGGAUUUAGCCGGUAUUAUCGUUUGUUUUGUAGGGAGCUUGUUAGGAGCUGUCACCGUCUUUUGUCAUGUCAACAACAAACUGUCUCCUUCUGCUCGGUUAACGGCUGCGUCACUUCACCGACGACCGGAGGACAGAAACGUGCGCGGACAGCAGGAGAUGAAAUGACAACGUCAACACUUCAGAAAGCCAUUGACCUGGUGACCAAAGCCACAGAGGAAGACAAGGCAAAGAACUAUGAGGAGGCCCUGCGCCUAUACCAGCACGCUGUGGAGUAUUUUCUCCACGCCAUCAAAUAUGAGGCCCACAGCGACAAGGCAAAAGAGAGCAUACGAGCAAAGUGUAUGCAGUAUCUAGACCGAGCAGAGAAACUUAAGGACUACCUGAAGAACAAAGACAAGCAGAGCAAGAAGCCCGUAAAGGAGGCGCAGAGCAAUGACAAGAGUGAUAGUGACAGUGAGGGUGAAAACCCUGAGAAGAAGAAGCUGCAGGAGCAACUUAUGGGUGCUAUUGUUAUGGAGAAACCAAAUGUCAGAUGGAAUGACGUGGCUGGACUGGAGGGGGCCAAGGAAGCCCUGAAGGAGGCGGUGAUACUGCCCAUCAAAUUCCCCCACCUCUUCACAGGCAAGCGGACUCCAUGGAGAGGAAUCCUGCUGUUUGGGCCUCCCGGCACAGGGAAGUCGUACCUGGCCAAGGCUGUGGCCACGGAGGCCAACAACUCCACCUUCUUUUCGGUGUCAUCCUCUGACCUCAUGUCCAAAUGGCUGGGCGAGAGUGAGAAGCUGGUGAAGAACCUGUUCGAUUUGGCUCGCCAGCACAAACCCUCAAUCAUCUUCAUUGAUGAAGUGGACUCCCUGUGUGGCUCCAGAAACGAAAACGAAAGUGAGGCCGCCCGCCGCAUAAAGACAGAGUUCCUGGUACAGAUGCAAGGUGUUGGAAGCAACAAUGAUGGCAUCCUGGUGCUGGGAGCCACCAACAUACCCUGGGUAUUAGAUGCUGCUAUUCGCAGAAGGUUUGAGAAGCGGAUCUACAUCCCUCUGCCUGAGGAGCUCGCGCGAGCACAAAUGUUUCGGCUUCAUCUGGGCAACACGCCGCACAGCCUGAGUGACACAGAUCUGCGGCAGCUGGCCCGAAAAACCGACGGGUACUCGGGAGCCGACAUCAGCAUCAUAGUGCGGGAUGCUCUCAUGCAACCCGUCAGGAAGGUGCAGUCUGCCACACACUUCAAAAAGGUUCGUGGCCCAUCACGUAGCAACAACCAGGUGAUGGUGGACGACCUCUUAACCCCUUGUUCCCCUGGAGAUCCCGCUGCCAUUGAGAUGACGUGGAUGGAUGUGCCCAGUGAUAAGCUCCUGGAACCCAUCGUUUGUAUGUCAGACAUGCUCCGCUCUCUGUCCACCACCCGACCCACAGUCAACACUGAAGACCUACUGAAGGUCAAGAAGUUCACAGAAGACUUUGGGAUGGAAGGCUGACUGACUGACUCCGCCUCCUUGUCAUGUUGGGUUUGCUCCACCACAUGCUUGGUUCAUUUCCUGCCAAGCAUCCCGGAGUAUAAAAAGCCAGACCGUGCACUCUCCCUCCUACGUCACCUCCGUGUUUGAAGUCUGCGGAGGAUGGCGUGCUCUAAUCCACGUCAGUAUUUGGACAGUAGAGUCCGUCCCCUCAUGUAAGACUACAACAUACUCAUUACAACCUUGUUUAGUUGUUUAAGCCGCUUUGGGCCACAAACGAGGUCAUGGUUGUGCACUUUGAUUCCAGUGAAGAACUUUUGGAAGUUUGACUGCUCGGCAUGUUGCUGUGUGGAUUCAUGUUUUAUUAAACUCCUGUGUUUCAUGUC